AUGGCUUUGAACCCGAUGGGACAAUCAACAAACGAAUCCGAUACAACUCCACCCACACACAAACGACACAAAUCAUCAAAGGCCGAAAAUUCGGACGAAGAAGAGAUGCAACAAAACGAAGGAUAUUUUUCUCCUCCUCAAUUUCCCCUCUUGAUUGGUUAUAAUGAUCACAUUAUAAGCCGCCCCGCAAUUCAGUGGCUAGCUCCACAGAUCUCGAUGCACCAGCUCUCAAAGAAUACUUUACGCGGCAUUGCGGCGGAGCUGCGGGAUUUAUGA